UUGAUUACGUUUUGCCCUGUUGAUUUGUCCAAUCAGCUGUCGUUAUAUCGAACUCAUGCAAGAAAUUAUUCGACCAAUCCAAGCACAACUUUCGAGAGGUUUAAUCAUCACCAUUAUCAUCCGUGUUCGUUUGUUUCCUCACGUUGUAUUCGAUCUCUGCACAUUGGUGGUAGUGGAUUUAGAGUGAAAUGCUGCUCUUUUGUCUUCCAGAUGAGUCAGUUUGGUCGUGGUGGCGGGACACUGUGCAUAAAUGAUGGCAGACUGUGGCGACUGUUCCACGAUCUGGUAGCCGAAGUUGAAGCCUGCCCGACAGUGGUGCCUUGGGCGAAAGUAUACCCUGCGCUGCCAUCUUGCUGA